AAGUGGCGCAAGUCCUGGGGAUCGCUCCGCUGAGUCCUCCCUUGAGUCGCCUCCGUCGCCGCCGCCCCCCAUCCCGACCCCCCCGGGUUCCCUCAGCCCAGCCCGGUCCAGCCCGGUACCCGGGAGGAUGAAGUUCGUGUAUAAAGAGGAGCAUCCGUUCGAAAAGCGCCGCUCUGAGGGCGAGAAGAUCCGAAAGAAAUAUCCGGACCGGGUCCCGGUGAUAGUAGAGAAGGCCCCCAAAGCUCGGAUAGGAGAUCUGGACAAAAAGAAAUACCUGGUGCCUUCUGACCUCACAGUUGGUCAGUUCUACUUCUUGAUCCGGAAGCGAAUUCAUCUCCGAGCUGAAGAUGCCUUGUUUUUCUUUGUCAACAAUGUCAUUCCGCCCACCAGUGCCACAAUGGGUCAGCUAUACCAGGAACACCACGAAGAAGACUUCUUUCUAUACAUUGCCUACAGUGAUGAAAGUGUCUACGGUCUGUGAAGCUGCUGCCCCUGAGGUGGGGGGGGGGGUCCCAUUCUACAAAGACAAAGGUGGCCCCCCUUUCUUGACCUACUCCUCUUCAGGCUCCAACACCACUUGAGGCUUUCUCCAACCCCUCCUAGCAGGAGGAGUAAUAGUGGAGAUGGCCCCUAGUACCUCUCCUUUCUCUUUUCCUCUUCACCUUUCUCUGCUCCCUUUCCCAUUCUGCUUCGGUUUUCUUGGUUGUCAAUUUCACAUCCAGGGAUUGUUUUGGUUUCUGUUCCCUUUCUAACCACCCAAGGGGCUCAGAGCCCCAACACUCCCUUUCACUGCCUUCUAUUUUGGGGGUAGAUGAAAGGGACUGAAAUUGUGGGGGGAAAGGUAGGAGGCAUAUCAAUAAAGAGGAAACCACCAAGCUGAAUGGA